AUGGCAAAUGCAGUUAAAAUAGUGUUUCCAAAUGCAUGUCAUCGAUUGUGCACUUGGCAUAUUGCCAAGAAUGCUAGCAAGAGAAUUGGCAGUUAUCUUGGAAAUCCUGAGUUCAAGAAACAGUUUAAUCAUUGUUUACAUGGGUGCACUACUGAAAUUGAAUUUCAAGUUUCAUGGGAUGACCUGAUUAGUAGAUAUAAUGUUGGAGGUAAUACUUGGCUCGCAAAGUUGUAUUCACUUAGAGAGAAGUGGUGCCCAGCAUUUAGUAGGGACAUUUUUUCAGCAAAGAUUAGAUCGACUCAAAGGAGUGAAAGUACAAACAAUGUGUUCCAUCAAAUCUCUACAAACACAAUGGAGCUCAUUGAAUUUGUUCAUCACUAUGAGAAAAAGAUAGAAGAGAUGCGUUUAGCAGAGUUGGAAGAUGACUACCGUUGCAAAAAUGGUGCACCACGUCCAAAAGUAUGGAGUAAAAUGUUAAGAAGUGCAGCCAAGGUGUUUGAUACUAAUAAUAUCACUAGUUUACCGACUCAGUAUGCAUUGAAGAGGUGGACUAAAGAAGCAAAGAAAGGGAUUGUGGUGAGCAAUGAUACAGGUGGAGGAACAAGUGAGAAUUCAAAGUCUGCUAGAGUAUUGCGCCUUAGCGAAUUGAUGCAUGAAGGAAAUAUUGUGUAUGACAUAGCCUCACUAACUAGUUCAGGUACUAAAAUUGUCAAGGACCUGUUAACAGAGGCAAUGAAGCACCUUGAAAAAGACAAGGACACCCUGUGCGUGUUGGAAAAUUUGAAGAAAUAUGGUGACGAGUCCGAGUCUGGCAAUCCUGGUAAUGAGCCACCAGUUUUGAAUCCACCAAGUGCAAAGACCAAAGGAAUGAAAAAUGCUAGAAUCAAAGAUGUGAGGGAGACAAACCAACGAAAGAACAUAACAAAAGAACAAGAAAACAAAGAAAACGAUGAGUCUUAUGAUCCAAAAGCUCCAAAUGAUGUGUCUGCAUGUAGUCAACACUUUGGUGUACCUAACACCCCAUUUCAUAAUCAGGUUUCCUUGAUGCAGUGCGAAGAGGAGCAUUCUGUGAGAAUUGAAGACAUGUUUGGAACUAAUUUUGAUUGA